AUGCCCACAAUACUCUUGGUCACGCUAUGCUUUGGAAUCGUGAUUACACAGAACGAAAAUAUACCGAAACUGCGGGACCUUGUGAAUCCAUACGAGCAAUACCAGCUGCGCGACAUUCUCUCUUCGAUUUUUGAGCUUGACUCCAUUGAGCAACACUUUGAUUCGAUUCCAUACACACCUCCGAAGUAUGCUCUACGUGAUAAAGUCAAGAGUAUUUCACAUUUGAAUCGAUACAAACAAGAUCUUCUGUUUCAAGGCGACAUCCAUUUGUCGCGAGCGCACUUGAAAAGCAUUGUGAGCGAACAUUUGAAGCGUCAGAAGCCUCGAUCCAAGCGAACCGCCUUCAAAAAUGCAGAAUAUCCAAAAACGAUUUGGAAACCUCAUGUUCCUUAUGUGUUCCACAAUAGUUUAUCCGCGAGUGCAAAAAAUUCCCUUCAAGCCGCUAUCAAUUUUUGGCAACAAAAUACGUGUGUGACAUUUAAGCCAAGAACUAAUGAAGGCGUAUACCUUCUAUUAUCUGGAAAUGACGAUGGUUGUUGGAGUACGGUCGGAAGGGAUUCCAAUCAAAAGGGACAAAUUUUGAAUAUUGGAAAAGGAUGUGAACUGUUCGGAAUCACAUCUCACGAAGUCGCUCACGCUCUUGGACUUUUCCACGAGCAAUCCCGCUACGAUCGCGAUCUUUAUGUGAAAAUCAACACAAAGAAAAUCGCACAAAGGAAUUAUUAUGAUUUUGCGAAAGUUGGACCAUCUAAUAUGGAAACGUACGGAAUGACAUACGAUAUUGGAAGUGUGAUGCAUUACAAGCCGAAUGAGUUUUCAAUCGACGGAAGUGCGACGAUAAUCGCGAAUGAUCGAAAUCUUCAAACGACGAUGGGCCAAUUUCGUGGUCCUUCGUUCCUUGAUGUCGCCAAGAUUAAUCGGCAUUACGAGUGUUCGAAAAAUUGUAAAAAUCGUCUAAACUGCACGAAUGGCGGCUAUCAGAAUCCGCGGCAUUGUAACAUGUGCAUUUGUCCUACUGGAUACGGCGGCAACACUUGUGAAGAUAUUGAGGAAUCGAAUCCAAAGAAAUGCCGCGGAAUUUUGAAGGCCGAAGAGACGCAAAGAAAGUUCACAAUCAACAUGAAGCCGAAGGCGAAUGUGAAAGAAUUGAGGAAAUGCAAUUACCAUAUUCAGGCGCCGGAAGGCAAGCGCGUCCUUGUAAUUGUCGAUUCAGUCAUUGGGAACUGCGUUCAUGGAUGCUACGAGGAAAGUCUUGAGCUGAAAACCUAUGAGGAUAAGACAGUUACAGGAGCACGAUUUUGCUGCAAAAUCGAAAAGCCAAUAAUGCUAAUGUCUCAAACAAAUGUGGUUCCAAUCAUUAUGAUUGCUGGAAAAGCACAAGCAUUUGCACAAAUAAGAUACUCUUAUGUGGAUCCAAAAGCGUAUCGCAAGCCAAUUGGCAAUUCUGGGGCUUCGCUUAUGGAACACUUUGCGCAGAUUGACGAAAGAUUCUUGAAUAUUCCAGUUGAUAGUGAGAAAAUUACCAAAAAUCAUACGAUCAAGAAUGAUAUAAGCGACGACGAGUUCGAGAAAAUGCUUCAGAAACAGUAUUAUAAUUAA